AUGUCUAAAGGAAUGAAACACUUACUCCUCGAAGUUGGCAAUAUCGUCGUACAUCAUAGUUACAAUAUGAUUUUCCGGUAUUCCGUGCCCUCGAAGCACGUGAAGAAGGAGAAGUUGAAGAAUUUCAAGAAGAAAAAGAAGAAGAAGAAUAAUUUCAAGAAGAAGAAGAAGAAUUUAAAGAAGAAGAGGAAGAAGGAGAAGAAGAAUUUCAAGAAGAAGAAGAAGAAGAAUUUCAAGAAAAAGAAGAGGAAGAAGAACUUCAAGAAGAAGAAGAAGAAGAAUUUCAAGAAGAAAAAGAAGAAGAAGAAGAAUUUCAAGAAGAAGAAUAAGAAGAAUAAGAACUUCAAGAACAAGAAGAAGAAGAAUAAUUAUGUCAAAAAGAAGAAGAACAAGAAUUUCAAGAAGAAG